AUGGCUGGAAUACAGAUCCCGAUAGACGUGUUGACGUCGCGCAUCAACCUCGGGGAUCGCUUCGCUAGCCUCCGCUCUGGCUCGCUCUCCGGUCGCUUUGCCAACCUGCGUCCGGUCUCCGAGUUCUUCGACGUCAAGCGCAUCAACAAGCCCCCCAACUUUGCCGAAAUGCAGUCCCGUGUCAACUACAACCUCGGCCAUUUCUCGAGUAACUACGCUAUCGUUUUUUGCAUGCUCUGCAUCUACGGUCUGCUUACGAGUCCAUGGCUGCUAUUCGACAUCAUAUUCGUGUCUGUCGGCAUGUUUGUGAUCGGCAAGCUCGACGGCCGUGAUUUUGAGUUCGGGGAGCAACGCUUCUCGACGAUGCAAUUAUACACCGGUCUCUACGUCAUCGCCAUCCCAAUCGCCCUUUUCUCGGGCGUGUUUGGCCUCAUGAUGUGGUUGAUUGGCGCGAGUGGCUUUUUCCGGGGAGGCGGUCUAGGUGGUCGGCCGCGAGCUCCCAAACCUGCGCCCCAUUGGGGAAGACCAUCAAGGCGCGAGCGGAGGAAAUAUGAAACGCGCAACGGGGACGAGGGGAGGUGGGGGGAUUGGAACCAGCGAGUUGAGGAGCUGGAUAGCGAUGAUUAUGGCGCUGGGCCGGUCUCAAAUGCUGUGGGGCCACUUCGGUUAACGGCGGCAGGGGAGGAGGGGGGAGGUAAUACUCGGUCGCGGAGGGGUUAUGCUUAUCAGGAUGGGGAGGAUGCAGAAACAACGGAGGAAUCAGAGCAGGACGAGGAUGGGGGGGAGAGUGUCCGACUCCCUUUGCUGGACCCGGCGGAGGAAGCAUUGGCCGAUGCUGCUAUGGCCCGAAUACGGCGGGCUCAAGUCAAGGGCAGGACGGACGUCAAACUAAGCAAAGAGGAGCUGGCUGCCUACCAGCGGCGGUUGCAGCGCAUGGCGACUGAGGAGCGACGAGAACGCCGGGACCAACGGGUUGCGAUUCCUAUCUCACAUCUCGGCUCUCGGCAACCAAGUGGAUCAGUGAACGGCGACAGCCGUUCGGAGGAGCCAUCCCCGGAGCCGGGCAGCCCAGAACAGGCGUCGGCUUACCCACCUAUGGGCUACUUUCCACCGCCUGCAUCUCGGGGCCGACAUCCAUCGGGAGCCAGUUCAUCGAGAACCCCGAGCCAGGCCGCUGCGGACAGGGAUCAAAGCUCCUCGCCCUUCACUUACACUUACAUGCGCGGCGAACCUCCGGCCGCGGUCCGCCAUCCCUCAGAUCCCACGAUGGGCAGACCGCUGGCUAUCACCGACGGUUCUCCUGCUUCUAUCGACGCUCAGUCCGAUCCCUUUCAGUACAUGACAGGGCCACGCGCUUCACAUCGUUCUGUUACUGCGCCUACGCGGACCACUGUCGGUGAGGUUGACGACGUCUAUGCUAGUUACGGUUCCGACCACGUCACCGCACCCCCUCGGAGACAGAGCAGCGACCCUAGAGAGGCGACCUCGUCUGAGGAGGAUCGUCGCGCGCAUGGGGCGAGAGUUCCUUCCAGCGGUGGUAGCCGGUCUCGACACACUGACAGCCGACGGGACCUGGCACUGCCGUCGGAGUCCCAUCGGUCAUCCCGGGAUCGGACGCCGCCGCCGGUCAAGAAGUCAUCGUCGUCGUCGUCGGCAGUGCCGUCCCUGGCGUCGAAGCGCAAAUCGAUCUCGAGCAGCACGAAAACUGUCCGGAAAAAGAAAUAA